CUAUUUUCCUUAAUCAGAGUUAGUGGCAAGAAUUGAAUCCGCAAAAAACAUCCAUGCAAAUAAGAAGUCACAUGCACCAGGCUCUUUCUGUUGAACCAGUUACCUCUACUUGCAUUGUGGUGAAUUGAUAACGAGAGACGUUGAUACCUAAACUUAUUGGUCCGACAUUCGUCUAGCAGAAAAAAUGGUGAAAAAACGACAACGAUCUACCUCUGGCUCCGCCGAGCCUGUGGAGAAAUCCAGUACAGCAAAGAGCUUAGCCGCCAAGCUGCGCAAGUUGUAUAACGAUGUUCCGACCGACAGCACUAGUGCAUUAGAUGCUAUGGAUGACGAUGGUGUCGAUGGUGAAAGUGGCGACGUCAAGAAAGCUAGAGAAGAUGCUAGUCGAAGUGCACAUCUGAGCACGAAGCUUGAAAACGCAGGUCGCCUGCGAUUGCGUGCUGAUAUCCCCAUGUUGGUGGAGGGGAAGAAGAUGAGCCGCAAGGAGUUGGAAGAUAGUCGUGAGGAAGUUGGAGAAGAUGCUGAGGACAGCAAGGACGAAGAUAUGAGUGCUGAAGAAGUGGACGGGGAUUCUGACGAUGAGUCUGAAGAAGAUGCGGCGAAUCAAGAGAACGAUGCUUUAUCUGAGGGUGAAGAUGAGUCUUCUUCUGACGAUGCGCCAGUGGAGAUUCGAAACGAUAAAAUUGGUAUGACCAGCGAACCAAAAGGCGACAAAGGCAACGGCGAAGAAGCCGCUUCAGAGGACGAUGAUGAAGAGGGGUCUGAAGAAAACGCGUCUGAUGUUGGCAACGACGAAGACGACUCAGAAGAAGCAGCUUCUAAACCAAAAGCAAAGAAGAAGACAGCUCUUGCUAUCGACGCUGACCUGGAACGACAAUACCAACUCGAGAUUCGAGGUCGAGAUGCAAAGAAGAGAGAACAAGAUUAUAGUGCUAAUGCUGGAGCUUCAGCUAGUAGUUCGCUUUCUGGCGUAGUCGUUCGCAAACAGUUGGAGCUAUACAAGAAGCUUCAAAAAAUGCGAAUUAUGCUGGAACCAGCUCUGCGACGUGUUGCCGAUGCAGAGAAAGACGAAGAAGAUGCCGAUGAUUGCAUCGAUAAAAGCUCAACUUCCAACAAAGCAAGUCAUUUCUCACCUGCUGCUCUACGUGGAUUGCGUUCUGCUUUGCGUGAUUUGCAAGCAGCGACCGUACCAGAUGGCUGGGCAUCUUCAAUGGAGGAGCAACCUGUCAAUCAUGUCUCCAGUGCAACAGACGCCAUCACCACUGCAGCUCUGAAUACCCUUGAGCAAACACGACAAAAGACUCAAGUAGCAGUGAGGAACGAACGCGCAUUCAAGGUUCUAGAUCAGUCCAUUCCGGCUCAAAUCGAAGCUGCGCUAGAGGAUGAGCACUGGCGGAAGAAGGUUGCUUUGCACCGUGCCUCACAGCCUUCUUCAACAUUCGACAAUACGACAGUCUAUGACGAUCGCGAAUUCUACGCAGCCAUGCUUGGAGAGAUCGUCCACGGAAAUGGGCUCAGCUCUAGCGCUAGUCGUGAUGGAACCGAUGCCACUGACGGCACAUCAACAAACAAGACAAACAAAAGCCUAGCGUCUCGCGUCCAAUUGUUGCAGAGUAAGAAGAACCCAGAUUGCGAUAGGAGAGCCAGUAAAGGGAGGAAAAUUCGCUACGUGGCGAUUGAAAAGUUGCAGAAUUUCAUGGUGCCUCGACCACUAGAGAAUGCCAUGGAUGAAGAUCUGGUAGACCAAAUGAUGAACUCACUAUUUCGCUAGGUCAAUGGAUGAACUUCCCCCUAAAAUUUUCAUGCAUUAUGAACCUCUUCAUUAUCAAUAUUGCAAUUCGAUUGAACCCACCUCCAGAACAGGUAAAUGAAUGAAUGAAUGAAUGAAUGAACUUGAAUCUUGUUUAUGUCAG